AUGGCUUACACGAGAGAAGUUAAACCCAAUAAGAAUUAUAAACGGUGAUCACAUUCUCCGGAUAAAAGAUCAUCGAUGCAUUUAUUCAAAAUAAUCCUUUCUUAUAUUCUAGAUGACAGGAAGCGGAGCGCCAGUCAACAGACGUAAUUUCUAAAUCAGAUGGCCUAACCUCCGAAACUUUUGGGUAGGAAACGACGCAGUUUGAUUUUGUUACUUUUUUUUUUUUCCAUUUUCUUAUAACGUUAGCCGAGGACAAGGAGCAGCGGCAACGGAAAGCCAACAAGUGAAGGGGGAAGAGAGAGGGGGGGAGAUAAUUUUCUUCCUCUCUGGAUCUCUUGCGCACUCGUAAUUCCUCCAAAUUGCAAUUGCUAAAAGAUUUCAUUUUUGGAACGAAACGGUGUUGAUUAAUGUCUGAAGAGAAAAAUUUUAACAUUCUGGAUUAUGACUCUGUUUUUCUCACAGGAUAAAUGGCUUGAUCUCAGCAGUUUUAGCGGUUACUGCCAUUUAUUUAUUUUUGGUCCAGGAUGAUGUGGAAGUUUGCGUCGAAUGCCCUCACUUCCAUUGGACUGAAGAAAAGCUCAAGAGAGGCAAAUCGAGCUAAUUUAGAGUUUUCAGAUGAUGAGGUGUGUUCGAAUGUUAGUGGGGAAGAAGGACUUGAAUGCCCGAUAUGCUGGGAAUCUUUCAACAUUGUUGAGAAUGUACCUUAUGUCUUAUGGUGUGGUCAUUCCCUCUGUGAAAACUGUGUCUUGGGGCUUCAGUGUGCUGUGUUGGGAUUCUCUAUGCAAAAAAUAAGGAUUCCAUUCUUUGUUUCCUGCCCCUGGUGUCAGUUGUUGUCAUUCCGACUAGUCUAUCAGGGGAGUCUGAAGUUCCCUCGCAAGAAUUUCUUUCUCCUCUGGAUGGUUCAAAAAUUGAACGGUGACAGGGUGAAGUUUAGUUCCUCCCUGUGCACUAAUGACAAUCAACCAAUUUGGUCCCCGAAAGGAAAAAUAAUUUUUGGACAUCAAUUUAGCAACAGUAGCCUCAGUAGGGCUCCAUAUAAUCAGGGACAGAGUCAGUUGGGCUUUAAUGGAGAUGGUGGUAGCAGAAGUGGAGAGAGGAAUCACUCUUCUCUUCACAAAUCUCUGGAUUAUUUUCUUGACUUCACAACGAAGUUUCCGCUGGUCAUCAUAUUUCUACUAAUUGUUCUUUUUGUGGUACCUAUCAGUGCUGUCAUUGUACUUCUUUACUUGUUAGUGACAGUUCUUUUUGCACUACCAUCUUUCCUGGUAUUGUACUUUGCAUACCCCACUUUGGCUAGGCUGGUGAAAGAGAUAGCCUCUUGAGAUGUUUUGUUGGCUUCUCAUUUCAGACAAUCUAAGAAAUUUUGCAGCCCUGACAUUUCUCAGUAUUCACUUCACUGGCAUUUCGAUAGUAGUUCAAUUUAUCA